GUUUUUUCUUCUUCUGUUGGCUCUUGAGGCCAGAGGACGAAUGUCAAGAAUUUGGAUUAUUAUUGAUCGAGUGAUUCGCCCUCCUGGAUCGUUGUGAUAGGGUUGCUUAGAAACACUUUUGUGUUCUUCCACCUGGCAUGCAUACGUCAAGGUGAUGCUUUUCAGGAGCGCCAUGCUAUGGUUAUAUAAUACAAACACCCUCCCUAACCCUCCGAUGUUGAACCUCUGUAAACUACGGAGCUGAGAAGGAAAGAAUAUUAACUUAUAAAAGAGGCUGUGAAGUUCACCUUUGGUGUGUACAGAGAGAUCUCCAUACUGUUUACAGGGUGCUUCAUUUUGCAACCCCUCCCACAUCUAAUUCCCCAACAACGACAAUCUUUCGGACCUGCCCGAUGAAGUUGUUUGUGCCUCAUUUCAAAAAGAAAGUCAAGAAAUUGUCUAGGCGAUUUAAUUUCCCCUUAUCUUCGUCCAGUAUCCACAAUCCUCGAAAAUGGCGAUCGGUCCGCGUCUGUCGAAAAAUCGUGCUGCAAUUGCAACAGUUUCGCUCGGGAGCUGGAAAUAUCAUAGCUUACCUGACAGGCUCCGCCAGGCGGCCGAUGCUGGGUUUCAAUCUAUUGACUUGAUGGAGAAUGAUUGGGCACAAUACUUGAGAUCGCACCUCGGUGCUGUCGACGACGACAAAAUCUGGGAGCCGACAGCUGAAAAGUUAGCAAUUGCCAAAAAGCUAGGCAACUUGGUAAAAGACCUGAACAUGUCAAUUGUCUGUGCUCAGCCGGUCCGCCAGAUUGAAGGGUUCACGGAUCCCAAAAAGCGCAUGGCGAAUUUGGCUUCAGUGGUGAAUCGGUUCCCCUUCCUGCGAGCAUUCGAUACAGAUAUGCUAUUUCUAGUCUCGAAUAUCGGAGCCGAAAAUAGCACAAUUGAGCUGAAAACCGUGGCAAACGACCUGCGAGAGAUUGGAGAUAUGGCAGCAGCCUUCUCUAAACGGGAUGGAGGCCCAAUGAUCAAGAUUGGGUAUGAGGGGCUUUCAUGGGCACUACGAAACACUUGGUCAUCCACAUGGGAGGUAGUCCGUGCGGUAAACCGACCAAAUGUUGGCCUAAUCGUCGAUUCCUUUAAUUGGCUCGCAGUCGAGUUCGCCGACCCGUACAACAAGGAGGGCCAUGGACGCAUCUAUCCUACGCUGGAAGAAUCGCUUGAUGUUCUCUGCUCAUCCAUUGCAUCUAUGGUGGCUUCAGUGCCUGCGGAGAAGAUAUUUCUCCUCCAAAUCGCGGAUGCAGAGCUGGUGGACACAGCAACCUUGAACCUGACUCGAUACGAAAACCCCGAUGCACACGAGCUGCUGCCUUGGUCGAGGAAUUUUCGACUGUUCCCCAUGGAAGAGGAGCGGGGAGCAUACAUGCCCGUUGAAUUAAUUACAGCGGCUAUCCUCGCAGCGGGUUACGAAGGCCCAUUGUCGAUGGAGGUAUUUAGCAGGUCACUCGAGCGUCCGGAUGCAGAUGUCCCCAAGACGCAUGCACAACGAGGCUUCCACAGCUUCGAGGUGAUUAUGCAAGCUGCAGAAUUGGUGCCAAAAUUUUGGGGUCCAAUUGCUCCAGCUUGCGCAGAAAAGUGGGGAGCGAAGCUUCUCGACCAAACACGGACAAAAGGCGCAGAUCGACCUCUCACAAAUGGACAUGGAGAACCCAAAAUGAAUGGGGUAGUACAUUAGGUUCAAAAUUUGGAACACUCAAGCGUGGGAAUGUGGUUUCUCGUUUCUGGUUUUCUUAGUUAUGCUUUUGAUUAAAUGCUUUAUGGUCCAAUUUGUUGCGAUUUUAGUUCCGAUUACCCAUUGAGUACUAAUACUGAGUACUGAGUUGUAGCUAAUAGUAUUAAACGCCGCGUCCGUGAGACAGUAAUUUAUUCUUGAAGAAGCUCUUCCAAAGGUUCAAAUAAAUUGCUAAAGGCGAUAGUCUGUAGGGCCUCCAUUCCGGAAGCUCCUC